AUGGUGGUGGGGACAGAGGAAGAUGCAGCUUUUCUCCGUAUCACUCCCAACAGACUGCAACACUUUAAAUCGGACUCUGUGUCUUUUGACUGUGUCGGGUCUGAUGCCUCAACUAAACUGAGAGUGUUCAGGGAUUCUAAGGAAAUUGAUCCUGCAUGUGAUAUUAAGUCACCAACAGGGUCCUCCUGCACCAUUGAGAGAGUCUAUCCAGCCGACAGUGGAGAGUACUGGUGUGAGACUGGAGGAGGAGAGAGAAGCAACAGCGCCAACAUCACUGUUGCUGCUGGUCCUGUGAUCCUGGAGAGUCCUGUCCUCCCUGUGAUGGAGGGAGAAUCUGUGACUCUGAGCUGCAGAAACAAGACGACUUCUACCAACCUCCCAGCUGAUUUCUUCAAAGAUGGCCGCCUCAUCAUGGAGAGCAGUUCUGCAGAGACGACCAUUAAAAUCGUCUCCAAGUCUGAUGAAGGACUCUACAGGUGCAGCAUCAGUGGAGUUGGAGAAUCAGCAGAGAGCUGGCUGGCUGUCAGAGCUCUUCACAGAGAGACUUGUCCCUCCUGGGAUCACUCCAUUUAUCUUCUCCUCCUCUUGAGGACGGUGUUCACCAUAGUGAUGGUGGCUCUGCUGCUGCUGCUGUGGCUGUUAGACCUCUGA